AUGAAUCUAUUGUUUAAUGUGAACAUUGCUGCACUUGAUUUGACUCAAGCAGCUGCUUGUUGUGAGAAGAGCAUCAGUCUAUCAGCUGCUGCAGGAGGAUCUGUGAACAUCAUCUGCAAAUACCCACAAUCCCACAGUGCUGAUGUGAAGUUUGUCUGCAGGAGAUCUGAAUCUGAUCUCUGUGCUGAAGAGACGUCUGUGAAGAAGAGCAGAAGAUGGAGCUCUGAGGGACAGAUGCAGCUGUAUGAUGACAGAGAGCAGCAGCUCCUGACGGGAACCAUCAGUCAUGUGACUCAACAACAUUCAACUGAAUACUGGUGUGGAGUUCAGUCUGAUCAAGGACACAAGAGCUUCAUCACACGAGUCCUCCUCAGAGUUACAGACACAGAUGUUCCAAAAACUACAUCAUCAUUACUACCUUCAUCAUCAACACCACCACCAUCAUCAUCAUCAUCAUCAUCAUCGUCUGUUUUCAAAACAUCCACAUCUAACUUCACAUCAGAGUCUCCUAACAUGUUAAAAGGCUCUUCUCUGAUCAUUCCUCUCGUUCUGGUUCUUCUGGUUCUGAUCAUCGUUGGUCUCUUUUUACUAUUUCUCUAUAAGAAGCAUCAGUCUCGAGACAGUGAUUCAUCAUCUCAGACUGGAGCAGGAAAACAUGAAGUGGUUCGUCCAGUUACUGUUUCUCACACUGGUUGCGAUUAUGAGGAGAUUAAAUAUACUCACAAACAAUUACCCAAAAACCCCUCUAAUUCAUCCAACACUGUUUAUGCCACUGCUCAGUUACCCACAAACCCCUCUGUUUCUUCUAGCAGUGUUUACGCUACAGUUCAGAAAGCCACUGGUGACUCUCAGAUCUGGAUCACAUCUGCUGAGGAUCUGAAUUACGCCGUGGUGCAUUUCCAGAAGAAAGCGGACUGUCCUGACAGUGUCAGAUUGAGGAAUAAUCAGGAUUAUAGUGAAUACCCUGCUGUCAAUCAUCUCACUGCCUGA